AUGUCUGUGAUCGGUGCCGCUCGGCGCAGCCCGAUCGGUCCCCUGUUGCGCCUAGCAGUGCUCCUUCUGGCCUCGUCGCAAUUCGAGGCCGCGGAAGCGGCAGAGGAAGAUGGCUUCGUCAAGGGCGCCAUCCACACCAUCUUUUCCACCGACUGCAAGCCUUACUUCAGUUUCCAGACCAUGGCCCUGGUGCACAGCUUCGCAAGGGCGGGGCAGCCUGGUAAGCUGACCAGAAUCGCGAGCUGCACGCGAGAGGACAUCGCCCGUAUGAACCCGGAGGACAGGAACGCCGUGCAGACACACUUUUCUGAGUCUUGGGACGUGCACCACUUCACGCGCGACGAGUACCCGCCGUACAACAGGCCGACGGGGGUAAUGGACUGGCUGGCGAAGGUAAACCCGAGGGAGGAGUGGAUCCUGAUGGUCGAUCCGGACAUGCUGUUCAGGCGCCCUGUGACUCCGGGGGCGCUGGGCUUGACGGAUGGCUGGUCGGCGGGCUGGUAUUACAACUAUCUGAUGGGCACGGAAAACGAGUUGGCAAUGACACACGUGCCGGAUGUGGCACCCAGGAAUGACACUUACGGGGGCCCUGUUGGCAGGAGGGCGGACAGGACGGGCCACUACUUUCUCUUGCGGAAUGCCGACCUGAGAAGGAUCGCUCCCUUUUGGCUGAGUUUCACGGAGGACGUCCGUUUCAACAAGGACGCCUGGAGGCUGACGGGCGACUCGUACGCCAAGGAGGGCGAGAAGCCCUGGAUAUCUGAAAUGUACGGCUACGCGUUUGCCGCGGCGCGCAGUGGGGUGUGGCACAAACUGGACACGGAGGUGCAGGCGUAUCCCUCGUACGCGGUGUGGGACUCGGUCAAGCUGAUACAUUAUGGCCUGGACCACGCAGUGCCUGGCUACAGCUUCGACAAGCAUAAUCACCUGUCCUUCAAGGCCUACAAAUGCCCGCCAUGGAACAUGGCGAGGGGCGAACGGGAUGAGGCAGAUGAUGCAGGGCUGUUUCCCCACCCACCGCACCCUUCGGAGCUCACCACUGCAAACAGGCCGCAGGAGUACUAUGGGGCAUUGUUGGUAAUUGAAUUUGUCAACAGCAUCAAUGGUGCGCUGUGCAAAAGGCACAAGAAGAUGUGCCCAGCAUCUGCGCAGCUGUCGGCGGAGUGUGCGAAGGUGGCACAGAUUCAAAAGGAGCUUGAUGCAGAAUACGCCGUCCUGGAUGUCCCAGACGGUGGGGUUUGUGUCGAUCAGCUGGAACAAGACAAAUGUUUGGAACACAAGGCCAAGGGGAACUGUGAGGGAGAAUGGCUCACCAUGGGUUCAAGCUGCAGAAAAACCUGCAGAAGGUGCUUUUCUGAUCUGUUGGACAGCCCUCAGAGUCAGUCUGAGGAGGCUGCUGUGGAGAAAGGAGCAAUGGGUGAUGCAGUGACAGAGGGGCAGGAGGGAAAGGUUGCGGAGGUUGAGGUUGAAGAAACGGUGGUGGACCCAUCCGCUGGGGCGAGGAACCAGGAAGAAAAGAAGAGUGAGGAUGAAGAAGGGGAGAACAUGGAGGAGAGCAGUCCUGUUCCUGCAGGGAGGAAGGAGAUGAGCGAUGCUGAGCGGAAGAGGGAUCGCUGCCAGAAGAUGGGCAUCGAGAAGUGGCUGGGCGACGAUGACUGCAGAGACCUCAUAGCAGAAGGCGUGCUGAUGAACUUCACGGAUGUGGAAGCCCAUUCUCAUGACGCAAUGGCGCUCCUACCUCCACUAGGUACAGGGAGGGCAGAUGAUGUGCACAGUCCGAGUCACAGCCCGAGUCAAAUAACAGACAAGCACCCUGACGGGAAGGUAGGCCGGCUGGUGUGGACCUCCCAGCAGGGCGGCCAGGGGAGCCUUGGUCGGUAUGGGAUCGCCCUUUGGUUGUUUCUUGUUGGCUUGCUGGCGUAUGGCGUGUGGUCUUCGUCAAAACACGGCCGUGUGCGUCGCCGGGUGCCCAAGAGAAGGACGCCUCGUUGA